CCCUCCAUAUCAUGUGAUUCAGGUGCUCCAAUCCCCUCCAUAUCAUGUGAUUCAGGUGCUCCAAUCCCCUCCCAAUCAUGUGAUUCGGGUGCUCCAAUCCCCUCCCAAUCAUGGGAUUCGGGUGCUCCAAUCCCCUCCCAAUCAUGGGAUUCGGGUGCUCCAAUCCCCUCCCAAUCAUGGGAUUCGGGUGCUCCAAUCCCCUCCCAAUCAUGGGAUUCGGGUGCUCCAAUCCCCUCCCAAUCAUGGGAUUCGGGUGCUCCAAUCCCCUCCCAAUCAUGGGAUUCGGGUGCUCCAAUCCCCUCCCAAUCAUGGGAUUCGGGUGCUCCAAUCCCCUCCCAAUCAUGGGAUUCGGGUGCUCCAAUCCCCUCCCAAUCAUGGGAUUCGGGUGCUCCAAUCCCCUCCCAAUCAUGGGAUUCGGGUGCUCCAAUCCCCUCCCAAUCA